AUGUCUUCCGAGUCUGAGCUAUCCAAUGCAGCACCUCCUUCGAAUGCCAUCUUAGAAAAGACUCUACGCGACAUUGUUCGCAAAGCCGAAGUCGACCCUAUAACCGUCAAAAGAGUGCGCACAGCUGCCGAGGAGCGUCUAGGACUCGAUGCUGGUUUCUUCAAAAGCCAUGACGAAUGGAACGAAAAGAGCAAGGAAAUCAUAGAGGAUGCUUUUAACCAACCAUCUCAGAAAUCCCCUUCGCCUGAACCUACCCCGCCAAAGAAGGCACCUUCGCAAGCAAAGACCACAAAAAGAACCUCCACAAGCAAGGCAAAACCAGCACCUAAGCGUCAAAAGCGCGCCGUCUCAGAAUCAGAAGCAGAAUCAGAACAUUCCGACUUCGAAUCUGAAGAAGAGUCCAAGCCCAAAUCUAAACCAGCUCAGAAGAAGUCGCAAACGGUGGACUCAGACGAAGAAGACAAGCAGGAAGACAAUCAAGAUGCGGAGAUCCAAGAAGAGGAGGUUGUUGCUGAUCACGAUUCCGAAAGCGAGAUGUCGGUAGUCCUAGACGAGGCACCACCAAAGCGCAAGAAGAGCACGAGUGCCGGCCCGAAGACCAAGGCACAACCCAAAGCAAAGGUCGCCAAAGCUGCUGCUAAACCUUCCGAGCUCAGCGAAGAGGAACAAACGAUCAAACGUUUGCAGGGUGAGCUUGUAAAAUGCGGCGUUCGAAAACUCUGGCAUCGCGAGCUGGCUUCGUACGACACAUCAAAAGCCAAGAUAGGCCAUCUGAAGCAGAUGCUAAAGGAUGUUGGCAUGACUGGAAGGUUCUCUGAGCAGAAGGCUAAGGCCAUCAAGGAACGCAGAGAAUUGGAGGCCGAUCUGGAAGCCGUUCAAGAAGGAGCCAAGCAAUGGGGCAACGAGAAAGACAGCGGCGAGGACGACUCAGAGGCUGAAGACGCACCUAGGCCUCAACGCAGAGCAGCUGCAAAUCGUUUUGUCGAUUUCGGCGAUGAUGAUGACGAUGACGAUGAUGAGUAA